AUGUCGGAUGAUUUUGACGAGAUCGACUGGGAGAUGUCCGGAAAUAACUUCAACCUGAAGCAAUACCCUAACGGAGCUGUCCAGAACAACUAUUUCGCAAAAGGAAUCGUCGGUUCCUACGACCGCGGUCAGUUCAUUGAGUGCGCAAAUCCUGGACGGCAGUUUCGCACUUAUUCUUUCGAUUGGACCCCGGAGAAGUUGGAUUGGCUGAUUGACGGCAAAGUCGUCCGCACGUUUCUGGCUAAAAACGCGGAUAACAACGAACACCAAUUUCCGCAAACUCCGUCCAAAAUUCAAUUAGGAAUCUGGAAUGGUGGAGAUCCAGACCAACACCCUGGAACAAUAGGCUGGGCCGGCGGACUGACAGACAUGACCAAGGUGCCAUACUACACAUUCGUAAAGAGCGUAAACAUAACGAACUACAACCCGGCUCAGCAAUACAAAUGGACGGAUCAGAGCGGAAGCUGGAAGAGUAUCAAGCCCAUCAACGAUACAGCUCCUAGCUCCUCGAACACCGGCAUUAAGUCCGCGGCGUCAUCUAUACCUUCAUCUGUUACUACGCGUACUUCCAUGUCGAUGAGCACUCCCAACACUCCUAGCACUCUCAGAGUUUCUAGCUCUCCCAGCUCUUCUGGCUCUUCCGGCUCUUCUGGCUCUCCUAGCUCUCGAGGUACUCCUAGCAGCCCAAGCAGCCCAUCUACAUCAAAAGUUGUUAGCACGAGUGCCAUAUCAGAAAACGGCAGUAGCGAACGCAGCUAUGUCAGUGACAUCACCGGCAUUGGGCAAGACCGUCAGUGCUACACCAACUCCAAAAGCCUCUAUAGUUGCCUACCCGACUUCUACAACUCCGCUGAAUCCUUCGAUAAUGAUGUGGCCGUUGCCUAA